CAGCGACAUUUGCUGGUACGUCAGUCGAGCCACAGCACCGCGACAGGAAACGUCCAUGUCAAGCCAUUACGUUUUUAUCAGCCUUUAGUGACGCACACGUAGCGUUUGAUGACACGAAAUUAGUCGCGGAAGCUAUAUAGUUCUACAGAAGAGCGCUAUACACUGUCCCAGGGCAGGUGACGCGUAGGGAAUAAAGGGUUUUCUUGCCUCCGUCCUUCCUGCCUAGGCUUUGUUUUUUUUUCCCCGCAGUCGCUCGAGUAGGUAAGCGGCAGCGCCCCCUGUGGGCCCCCUAGGAAACAAGUCCAGGAUAGGGAGCCAGGCGAGUGCCGGAGCCCCUUGCCUCGCUUGCGACGUGGGUCCACCACGCUCUGAUGUCCGAUGCGGAAUGAGGAUGAGUCCCGCUCUGGAAGCCCUCAUGCAGGCGGAUGGAACUCCCUAUUCGGGAAAGGGGGUGAUGCUUGAACCCUUCGUGCACCAGGUGGGGGGGCAUUCCUGCGUGCUGCGCUUCGAGGAGCAGACCAUCUGCAAGCCGCUCAUUCCCCGCGAGCAUCAGUUCUACAAGAGCCUCCCCGCCGAAAUGAGGAAGUUCACCCCGCAGUAUAAAGGUGUGGUGUCGGUCAGUUUCGAAGAGGACGAGGGUGGGAACCUGUGCCUCAUUGCGUACCCUCAUCAUAGCGAAACAGGCGACCUGGAAAACAAGAACCCCUCGACAGAUUGCGAGCCCAAGAGCAAGAUGUCGAAGCGGAGUAACAAAAAGCAGUCCCCUUUGCACGUAGAAAACGACAACUAUAGCAAAGAAAGAGCGCGACAGAGCCGGAAAGAAGAUAAGAUCAUAAGCUACCGUGACGACGUCCAGGCACAGCAGCAGGCAGAGGUCCUGUACUUAAGCCUAGAGAAGGGCAACAUGGUGCCUCAGAUCAAACACAAUCCCUGGAGUCUCAAAUGUCACCAGCAGCAUUUACAGAGGAUGAAGGACAACGCAAAGCACCGGAACCAAUACAAGUUCAUCCUUUUGGAGAACCUAACAUGGCGUUACACAGUCCCAUGUGUGUUGGACUUGAAGAUGGGGACCCGCCAGCAUGGCGAUGACGCUUCAGAGGAGAAGAAAGCCAAUCAGAUCCGCAAGUGUCAACAAAGCACAUCGGCCUCCAUAGGAGUGCGCCUCUGCGGCAUGCAGGUGUACCAAUCAGAUUCCGACCAGCUCAUGUUCAUGAAUAAGUACCACGGCCGAAAGCUGACCUUCGCAGGCUUUGAGGAGGCCCUCUACCAGUUUUUCCAUAAUGGACGUCGCCUGCGCCGCGAGCUGCUGUCCCCGGUGCUGCAACGACUCCGCGAGAUGCAAGCCGCUCUGGAGUCCUGCGAGUCGUACCGAUUCUACUCCAGCUCCUUGCUCAUCAUCUAUGACGGAGACCCUCCCAGAACGCCAUCUCGACCUCGACACCGCGGUGGCGAGGAGGGGGAUGAGGAUGAGUUGUCUGACGAGGAAGAGGAAGAAGGGGCCUUCGGGUUCCCUCGUUCCUCCUCGACGGGCUGCAGCGCCGGCGGCGCCACGGGGAGCGGCAACGGCAAUAGCGUCCGCUCCGCCCACAGCCCGGCGGACUCCAGCAGCGCCGCCGUGGACGUGCGCAUGAUCGACUUUGCUCACACAACUUGCCGCCACUAUGGAGAGGACAGCGUGGUGCACGAGGGCCAGGACAGCGGCUUCAUCUUUGGCCUCCAGAACCUGAUCACCAUCAUCUCCCAGCUGGAGGAUCACAGCACUGACUGAGGCUCGCAUCGGAGACCGCAUGUUCUGAAUUUCAAUCCUGGGGAAUGAGCCUGAUGUGCCGACGCCCCGCUACUCCGAGGCGCACCGCCGUGGUGGUGCGACCCUGCCCGCCCGCUUGGAGGGAACCUCGGACCCCCUCGGGAUUAGGAGGGAGAGUGCGCGGUGGGUCCCGCGCUUACCCUUACCCGCCAGAGGACGGGGCCGCCAGAGCCCCUCCUCACACUUUAUCCUCUUUGAGACUGUUCCUUUUCUUUAGCGUGUAGUAGAAGGACCGAGAUUGAGGUCUCACAACAGACUUGUAGCAUCCAAGGACACUCCACCUCCUCCUGCGGCACACACAGGUUCCUUUUAUUGAGCAUUCUCUCUGAGAGAGAAACGGCGUGCUAGAUGGUUGAAAUUUGAGUGUACUGUAGUUCAAAGAGGCUGACAUGGUGCUUUUACCUGUGGGUAUGGUUUAGUUGGUGUUUUUAGGGGAGUGCAGUUACAACUGGGAGUAUAGCACAUUCGUACUCUGGGGGAGAGACUUUUAAGGGCUGACCUUGGCUGGCUAGGUCAGCCGCCUUGUAGCAAUUUAAAGUGAAAGCUCCUCAUAAGGACAUUUUGCGUUUAUGUUGAUGUUUGGAAGAAAUGUACGUUUCAUGUCCAAUCGUAUAUUUUGAUGGACUCUUGAUACAGGAUGGACACGAUGGAGACAAAAGAAGGGGGUUUGCCUUUUUCCAACAGUCCUUUUAAAAAAAAAAAAAGAUUUUUUUUAUUCCCAAUUUGUUUUUUUCUUGGAAUUUCUCUUAUUCAUUCCUUAAAUGUGGACUUGAAGAGAAUUUAUUGAUUUGAACUGACUAGCCUACCAAGAGACUAUUUAUAAAAAAGCAUUGUUGAAAAUGGAAAAAAAAAAAAAAAUCACAUUCCAAAUAACCACUGUUGUAUGUUUUCUUGUUAUACUGAAUUUAUUUUGUUAUUGCGAGAGCCAAAAAGCUCGCUUGUACACCUGUGCAUUAGCAAUGUCUUGAAAAUAAAGACAUUCAUUUGUGGUAA